AACCAGAAUGAUGAAGAACUGGGGUGUUAUUGGAGGAAUAGCUGCAGCCUUGGCAGCAAGUAUCUAUGUAUUGUGGGGACCAAUUACUGAGAGGAAGAAGCGCAGAAAAGGCUUAGUUCCAGGCCUCUUGAACCUGGGAAACACCUGCUUUAUGAACUCGCUGGUCCAGGGGCUGGCUGCUUGUCCAUCCUUCAUUCGCUGGCUUGAUGAUUUUACCAGGCAUUACAACCUGGACAGCCCCCAGGAGGAGCGGUGUCCAUAUCUGUCUGUCACACUUCUCCGAUUAUUGCGAGUGUUAUCCAAUGGGGAAGAGACCGCAGAAGAUGUGGUGGAUGCAGGAAGUCUCCUGGAAGUCUUGAGGAUGUACAAGUGGCAGAUGUCUUCAUUUGAAGAACAGGAUGCUCAUGAGUUGUUCCAUGUUCUCACCGCGGCUUUGGAAGACGAACGAGAUCACCAGCCUCGAGUUGCACAUUUAUUCGACGUUCAGUCUUUGGAGACUCCACCAGAAUCGGAGGAAAAACAGCUGAGCUGCAGGAGCCGAGGGCCUUUGCUGCCACCACCAAGUCCCUGGAGAUCUCAGCACCCUUUCCAUGGCCGACUGACCAGUAAUAUGGUGUGCAAACGGUGUGAGCAACAGAGUCCCGUGAGGUACGACACAUUUGACAGUCUCUCUCUCAGCAUUCCAACAGUCACAUGGGGCAGACCUGUUACCCUAGACCUCUGCUUGCAACACUUCAUUUCUUCAGAGUAUAUCAAAGAUGUGGUGUGUGAGAACUGUACCAAGGCAGGAGAAACACUGAAUGGGCAAACUGUAGAAAAUCAAAGGACAACGUUCAUCAAGCAGCUGAAAAUUGGAAAGCUCCCUCAGUGCCUGUGUAUCCAUCUGCAAAGGCUCUCGUGGUCCAACCAUGGGACACCUCUGAAACGCAAUGAGCACGUGCAGUUCAGUGAGCUCCUCUCACUCGAUACCUACAAGUACCGCAGCCCAUCUCAGAGGCUGGGCCAACGCAGAAUGAGCAGACCAGCCAGCACAGGGAGUUUACCACGCAUGCUAGAGGGCACCAAGCCAGGAUCCACACAGCCCAGCCUUAGUAAAAUGCAAGUUGCAAAUGGAGCAUGCUCAUCAUCUCUGCUGUCAACUUCCUUUGCAACCUCUCCGUCUCCUGUUACACAAAGUUACGCCUCAUCGAUGUAUUUGUUCCGACUGAUGUCUGUGGUUGUCCACCACGGCGAUAUCCACUCGGGCCACUUUGUCACCUACCGCCGCUCGCCAUCGGCAUCGAAGAACCCAGCGGCCGUCAGCAACCAUUGGCUGUGGAUAUCAGAUGACACGGUGCGCAGAGCCAGCCUGCAGGAAGUCCUUGCCUCCAAUGCCUACCUGCUCUUCUACGAGCGAGUUCGGCCGCUGGUGAGGCGAACGAGCCGUGAGCUCGGGCCAGAGGAGUGAGCUUGUAGACAGAGCCAGCCUUUUGGCUGCUGCUUUGAAAGGACAUGUAAUCUUCAUGGGUUCUUAGAGUAAACCAACUGCUGGAAGGAAAUGGAGCCCCAUUACUACCCACCCAGAGUCCCAAUAUUUGUGCAGUGAACCAAAAAGAUUGAGGUCUACCCAUAUUUAAAUAUUAAUUUUCCACCCAAUUCCAUCUAUAAAGAGAAUAAUAGUUAGAUACCUAUACCUGUGUGCUUGAAACAGUUGAGAAAUGUGUUUCUUCAUGUGUGUAGUGUUAUUGCAAAGAAAAGUCAGCGUCACUGAGCAGUGUCAUGUUGGAUUAAUGAGUUGAAAUCCUAAAGUGAGAAUCAAUUCAUCUACGUAUGUAUCCAAGUUGGAACCACUACCCCCUUGGGUGCUAGCUAUUUGAAUAUUUCUACAGUCAUGACCCCAGUUUCCAGGGAACCAUAGCAAUAGAGGCAUGGGUUUAGUGAAAAAGUUUUAAAGGAAGAUUGAAGAAGUUCCCUUUAAGACCUGUGGCUAUGUACACUGCAUGUAGCAUUUGUCCCAGGUACCCCCUUCAGUCUGUGCUCAUUCCAAAAUGUGACAAUAGUUGGGGUUGCUACAAAUUACCCCUUCACAGGGAGAGCAAAAACGUGGGUUCCAAUUAACUGCCUGUAGAUUGAGAGUCUGUCAGGUGAGGGCGAGACAGUGGUGCCCCAGCUCUCUGAGAUUUGUGCACUAACAAUAAAGUCUUGGCUGAAUUAUUAUAGGCCCACCACAGCCUGUGGAAGAGUUGACAGCAUCAGAAGCGGAGGGAUUAGACGAUAGAGCUUCAAGAUCAUACAGAUUAGUCUGGUUAUAAAUUGCCCAUGUGUUAUGCUCACUGCCUUGAAAUGUGAUGGGAGGAAGUGCUGAUAUAAUCCCUGAAUGUAACAGGCAAGGUGAUUUUCACCAGUUUUCAGAAAAUGCAUAUCUCUAUGCAAUCAUGCUGGCAAUUGUGAGUCCUCAUUCAUAGGGACAAGUCUAACUGGCAUGGCAUGCCCGUACAAAAUAGCACAAAGUGAGUCAUUUUAUGAUCAGAGGUAAAAGUUGUGAUCUGCCAAACAGAAACAGACACAUGUAGCAAACAAAAUACCUCAGACAGGGCAAAGCUACAGAUGACCUGAUCUCUCAUUGAAAUGGGAAGAAAUGAUCCGGAGUUCCUGCUCACUUGUAUAACUGUAUAUAUGUGUUUACCAUAGGGUGUGUGAGUAAGAUCCAUAGUAUGACUAUUCUGCUGUUUCUGGUUGAAUGGCUGCCCAGUGUCUGAGGCACUGAAGCUGUACGUGAGCUCGUGUCAGGGAAAUCGGGAGGGCAUUAAAAUAGCAUUGUCAUUACCAUUCAGGGAAAAAGCGGGUAGGGUGUCUGUGUAGUGUGUUACAUAAACAACUCCAGUCCACGAUGUGAAUAUCGAUGGCUCAAUCAGUCUGGGUCAUGUAUGGUAGCUUUAGAGGACACUGCAACACAGUGGCACAGACAGCAAAGGUGGAAAGACUUAGGUUGAAUUGGUCAGCUUUUGUCCAUUUUGCCACAUACAGUAUUUAUACGCCCUUCAGUUUUACUUACUAUCUACUUUAAAUUGAAAGUAUAAGUUCAAUAUUAGCUAGACGUCGUUCCAUUUCAGUAUUAGUAAUGUUGUGUGAUGUUCAGUUGGAUAAAGCAGUGGACGAUAAUAAUCUGUUGUAUAAAGAAGAUUGGAGUGCAUUGAAUGGCACCCUCUCGCUGGCUGUUGGCAAAUGCAGUAUGGGACCAAAUCAUAAUUAUCAGGAACACCUCAGGUAAAGUGGACCAGGGGGUUGACAUUGGCUGGGGUGACAGAGACCUCCUUUGCACCAAAGGCCCCCCCGCCACCACCACCACCACUUUGCAAGUCUUUCUGUGUGGACAUUAGAUGGUGAUUUGGCAGGCUUUGUCAGCGAAACUCAAUGUGAUCACAUGACCUACGGACACAUGUUUUUGCAAAAGCUGUGCUCAGCUCAGACAAAAUCCCAGAAAUGUCACUGAUUUUGCCUUACAAAACCUUAUUAGUGGUCACAUCUCUGGUGAAAGCUUACCUUAACAUUGGAAACUUUGGAAAGAGGGCAAGAAAUUUUGGGAUAGUUGAUUGGGAGGAAGGGGGUUGUUCAGUAAAAUGAUCUUUGUCUAGUGGAAUGGCAAUAAUAUGCUAUGUGCCGUUCAUGUCAAGUCCAAGGUUGGUGUGGCAGUGGACUCAACCACCAGUUCUGGUGGCCUGAUGUGAGCCAAAUCUCAUUGGUUUUGACAGAAUGACCACUUUCCCUUCCAUCUCCACACUUUACAUUAUUGUGACGAUUCCCCAGUUCUCAGUCAUACUCCUCUGAUGAUUGUUGGGUAUAGGUAGUUACAUAAAUGCUGAUCACCUUCCAGUAUCUUACCUAGUCUUUGCCCAACCCUAGGCCUGGUGCAUUUUUGACCUGACUUCCUCCGAACAGUGAUCACUAGUUUGGGAAUAGUUGAUCCAGCCAUAAUCAGGAAGUUUUACAGGGAAUUUUAACAAGUUCUGGAUCUGGAAUUGUCCAUUGAGUGAUGUAUUUACCCCUGGCUCAAAGGUCUCUGAGAGCAGGCCAGUGCAUGUUGGAUGGGGUAGGUAUAGUAUGACCACUAAAACAAUUUUACCAGGAGCAAUCUGCCAGAACAUUUUCUGAUCCCAACACUCUCAGUAAUGGAAUUCGAAUUCUCAAAGUCCUCCCUAAUAUGGACAGACAGAAUGUGGGGUGCAGUCCUGCUCACCUGGAGCUGGACUUUUUAGGUGGUUUGUAUAAUAUGUCAAUGGAUAGACAGCACCUAACCCACAUUACUAGUUCAAAUUAAACAUUUGAUAUAUAAAUGUUGCUAUAACCAUUUAUUUAAACUUACAAUGCAAGAGAUGAACAUGUUCAGGUGCCUGUUGGUUGAAUUCAGUACAAUGUCUUAUACUGCCAUGGAGUUGCAGUGGUUUGAAGCUGAUGGGUUUAUCGGAGACCUAUGAAUGUGAUGGCUGCAAAAGACUACAAACUCCAACUGCUGGUUCUCAUCAUUUUGUAUUUCAAUUGUUUCAUAAGAACAUCAGCAGGCCAUUCAGUUAGGUCUUGGCUGAUCUAUUCCUGCAUUGUACCAUCUCCUUUGACAGCCUUAACCAGCGCACUCAGCCUUCAAAGUUACAAUUAUCCCAUCAGCCUUUUGGGAGCAGAUUUCCACCAUUCUAAGUAUGAAAAAAUGCUUCCUGAUAUCAUUCCUAAAUGCUUGGAUGUAACGGUAAUUUAAGAUUGUCUUGGUAGUGUUGUUAAAUAUGUAACUAUUCAGAAAUCCCAGUACUAUUCUGUUCAUUUAAGCAGUUUAUCCCAAAGACUUAGGCUGUGAAUCAUGUGCUAUAGACGAGUCAAGGAUAGGGAUCCCUCAAAGUGCCCUUAGUUUUGUAUGUUCACAAAAAGUCUACUUUAUCUUAUACUUACUACAUGUCAAUAGGUUGGGAGAAGAUGACCUUCCAAUGCCACCAGAAUUUUUUUUCAUGACUGUUAACUUGAGUCCAUGCACUUCAUUGUACGCGUCAGACCGGUUUCUGAAAAACUUAUUGCAAAAUCAGUGCUUUCCUACCGAGAGGCAUUGAAGGGCAGUGCCAAGGGAGUCUGAUGUGCAGCAGGAUUGUGUGAAAAAGUCAAACUUUACAGUAAAUAUCUUGAUAUUUUACGUGUCCAGUCACAUGCCUCUGGUCUAGCCCAAAACAAACGCCCUUCACUGUCAAGCCCUGACUUAGUUGUUGGUGUGCCAGUUCAUCGCCCUGAAUUUAUAAAAAGCUGUGUAUUUGUUGUGCCAAUGUGCAAGCUGGAGAGAGUGGGAAAUGUUAAAUGUUGGAUUUUUAAUAUUUUUGUGAGAAAAGUAAUGAAGUUCUGAUUGUAUAAACAAGAAACUGCAAAACGAAAGCAAUUUUUGCACUAACAUUAAUUGUACAUCUGUGUAUAUGUAUAUAUGAAUGAAAUUAUCGCAGGAAAGGUCAGUUUUAAUUUGUCAGACAGAAAACUAAUAAAGUUUACUUCUGGGCUAACAGAA